UGGCCGUAUGAUUUCAUGUGAACAUUACCUUCUUUUCCUCACUCUUCACUUUCUCUUACUCUCUCUCUCGUAUCGCAAUAUUCCCAAUCUUAGGCCUAGGGUUUCUAUCGCAAACCCUCCGCCCUUCCGGCUAGGUCGCGUGCAAAGAGAUUCCGAAGCUUUGACUUUGCUGAAGGGAAAAAUGAGGCCUGUUUUCUGUGGGAACCUGGAUUUCGACGCGCGUCAAUCUGAUGUGGAGAGGCUCUUCAGAAGAUAUGGGAAAGUCGAUAGAGUCGACAUGAAAUCUGGGUUUGCUUUCAUUUACAUGGAAGAUGAACGAGAUGCUGAGUAUGCAAUCAGAAGGCUUGAUAGAACUGAAUUUGGUAGAAAGGGACGUCGGAUUCGUGUUGAGUGGACUAAGCAAGAACGUGACAGUAGAAGGUCAGGUGGUGAUUCCAGAAAACCUUCAUCUAAUUCAAGGCCAUCCAAAACAUUGUUUGUUAUUAAUUUUGAUCCAGUUCACGCUAGGACAAAGGAUCUGGAGAGACAUUUUGACCCUUAUGGGAAAAUUUUAAAUAUAAGGAUCAGAAGGAAUUUUGCUUUUAUUCAGUAUGAAUCACAGGAGGAUGCUACUAGAGCUUUGGAGGCGACCAACCUGAGCAAAUUUAUGGACCGUGUUAUCACGGUGGAGUAUGCCAUAAGAGAUGAUGAUGACAGAGAUAGAAGGAACGGAUACAGUCCUGAAAGAAGAGCUCAUGACUCGCCUGAUGGGAGAUAUGGUCGUGGUAGAUCGCCCAGUCCAUAUCGUAGAGGUAGGGGUAGCCCAGAUUAUGGUCAUGGAUCAAAUCCAUCUUCCCGACCAGAAACAAAAGGAAGCCCCAAGUAUGAACGAGCUGAAAGUCCGAUAAAUGGGAGAUAUGAUAGCCGGUCUCCACCACCCCGAGAAAGGUCACGUUCUUGAGGAAAAGCUGUAGACUGUGAAAUUGUUGUUAGACCAUUUUAUUUUUAUUUUAGUCCAUAGUUUGGCAGCAAAAACUCAGACUUAGUUAUGUAUUUAUUGUUAUGUUUGGUUAGAACCUUAAAUUGGUAAAGACAUUCUAGAUGUUAUUAAAUGUGUUGCAUGUCAAAUUAUGGAUUUUUCUUCUGCUGAAAAA